AUGUCAGCCCUCUCUGCUCUUUCAUUACUUCGAAUCCAAAAAUGCGUUGACCCCUUCACCCGUAAGGACUGGUAUGAUAUCAAGGCUCCCUCUAUGUUCGAAGUCCGUCAAGUUGGUAAGACUCUUGUCAACCGUACUCAAGGUCUUCGUAAUGCCAACGAUUCCCUUCAAGGUCGUGUUAUCGAAAUGUCUCUUGGUGAUCUCUCCAAGGAUGAAUCUCGUGCCUUCCGUAAGAUCCAAUUGAAGGUUGAUGAAAUCCAAGGUAAGAACUGUCUCACCAACUUCUACCGCAUGGAUAUGACCACCGACAAGCUCCGUUCCAUGGUCAAGAAAUGGCAAACUCUUAUUGAGGCUUUCGUUGACAUCAAGACCACUGAUGGUUACCUCGUUCGUCUCUUUGCUAUCUCUUUCACUGCUCGUCGUCGUAACCAAAUCAAGAAGACUACUUAUGCUCAAUCAUCUCAAAUCCGUCAAAUCCGUAAGAAGAUGUUUGAAAUCAUGACUGAGGAAGCUACUGCUUGUGAUCUUAAGGAACUCGUUACUAAGGUUACCUCCUCUGCUUCUCAAUCUGCUCAAGAUGCUAUUGCUGUUCGCAUUGAGAAGGCUUGUCAAGGUAUCUACCCCCUUCAAAACACUUACAUUCGUAAGGUCAAGAUCCUCAAGGCUCCCAAGUUUGAUGUCUCUGCUCUCUUGGCUCUUCACGGUGGUGCCGCUGCUGCUGGUGAAGAUGUUGGUUCCAAGGCCACUAAGGAUUUCGUUGAACCUCCUAUUUUGGCCUCUGUUUAAAUUUUAUAUUAUAAUAAUAAUAAAAAAAGUAUCGCUUGUUCUCUGGCCUU